ACACAGACUGACUCAUUACAUAAAAAGAAAGUUAGCUAUAUCUUCAUCAUCAAUAUUUCUCUGUGUAUAUCUAUAUAUAUAUACAUAUAUGAAUGGUGCAGUUGAUGGAAAGUGGGGCAGAAGCAGGGAGUGAAGAGAAAAAAUGGGCAAUAACAUGGGGUGGGUUUAUGGAAGAGCUAAAAAAAGAAAGCUAUAUAGCAGCACCAAUGGUGGUGGUAUCAGUGUUACAGUAUCUGCUGCAAGUUGUAUCUGUGAUGAUGGUUGGCCAUCUUGGAGAGCUUGCCCUUUCCAGUGUUGCCAUUGCCACUUCUCUUACUAAUGCUGUUGGAUUUAGCCUUCUUUCAGGGAUGGCAGGUGGAGUAGAAACUCUAUGUGGUCAAGCUUAUGGAGCUCAGCAAUAUCACAAGCUUGGAACUUAUACUUUCAGUGCUAUCAUUUCGCUUGUAAUGGUUUGUCCUCCAAUAUGCCUGCUCUGGAUUUUCAUGGACAGAUUACUUCCUCUCAUAGGCCAGGAUUCUGAAAUCUCCAAUCAAGCUUGCAAAUACUCAAUAUGGCUAAUCCCUGCACUAUUUGGAAGUGCAAUCCUUAAGCCUGUAACCCGUUUUCUCCAGACACAAAGUGUCAUUUUUCCAAUGCUUUUGAGCUCACUUUUCAUUCUAUUUUUCCAUACACUUGCAUGUUGGACCUUUGUGUAUAAGCUAGAAUUAGGAUACAAGGGUCCGGCCUUAGCCUUCAGUUUAUCAGUUUGGUUGAACGUGAUACUACUUGGCUUUUAUAUAAAGUACUCUUCAGCCUGCAACAAAACUCGAUCGCCAUUGUCGAAACAUGCAUUUUAUGGUGUUGGAGAAUUUUUUCGCCUCGGAGUCCCUUCUGCUGUAAUGGUUUGCCUUAAAUGGUGGUCGAUGGAGUUGCUAACUUUGCUUUCUGGGCUAUUACCAAAUCCAAAAUUGGAGACGUCUGUGCUAUCUAUAUGCCUUACAAUUUCUACAUUGCAUUUCACCAUACCAUACGGAUUUGGAGCUGCUGCAAGCACAAGAGUUUCAAAUGAGCUGGGCGCUGGGAAUCCUCAAUCAGCUCGAUUAGCUGUUAUGGUGGCAAUUUGUCUUGCUGGAGCGGAGGCAGCAAUUGUAAGUGCGACUGUCUUCUUUUCCCGGCAUGUCUUAGGAUAUGCUUAUAGCAAUAACAAGCAGGUCGUGAAUUAUGUGGCAAUCAUGGCUCCUCUCAUUUGUCUCUCAUUUAUUCUGGACAGUUUACAAGCAGUGCUUUCUGGUGUUGCUAGAGGAUGUGGAUGGCAGAAAAUAGGAGCCUACAUAAAUCUUGGUGCGUUUUACCUAGUUGGACUUCCAGUAGGUGCUGUGCUUGGUUUUGUAUCUCAUUUAAAAGGAAAAGGCCUUUGGAUUGGAAUAAUAGCAGGAUCUAUUGUUCAAUCAACUCUACUUUCUCUUAUUACAGGCUCCACAAAUUGGAAAAAACAGGUAACUAAGGCAAGGGAAAGGAUAUUCUAAAGAUCUAUACAGAAUGAGGAAAAUUGAGUCAAAAUAUUUAAUUUGUAUUAUAGACUUGUACACUUAAGAUGAAAUAUUUCUGACAUUAUGUUAAUGGGUAGCUAAUUUAGUGAAUAGUGGCCACCAAUAGUUCAAAUCUUGAAUUUAUUUAUUUAUUUCUUGUGUGAGAAAAAUAUAAAUUAUUUCUUAAAAGAAAUUAUUUA